AUGGACUCGAAAGCAGCUUACGGCGUUUUAGAACGGAAAAUAGAUUUGACGAUUGAGAGAUUAGACCAAAUGUUACUUCAAAUUAGCGGAUAUAAGCCGUUGCUUGAGCACAACGCUCACUGUGCAGAAUCUGAGAUAAAGGCGAACUUCGAUGGGUUGAUCGAAGCUCUCACACAGCGACGUUUGUUGCUCACUACUCAACUGCGCAGGGUUUGUGAAGAGAAGUUGACAUUAAUAGCCAACCAAAAGCAGGCUGUUGAGAGUCUUCGCUCUGGCAUCAUUUCUUGCAUACCCAAUCGUUACUCCUCCGACUCUCGCAUUCACGACUUCUUAGCUCGGGCUGAAUCUGCUGCUUUUAGCUCCAGCUCGGCUCCAUUUGUGUCCUUUAGGAGUGAACGAUCCAUCUUACCCCAGGCGAUUGCCAACUACGGCAAAGUGAUUUCUCGCUAUUGCGGCCACUUUGCGGAUCCAGGCCAGCCGUCCUCUUGUCUUCCUCUUGCUUUUGAAGAGGAAGAUGACCACGAGCUUCCUCAUAACUGUGAGAGCUCUUGUGAGUGCCUCAAGUCCACUGUGCGGCAGGUUCCCCAAAACCUUUGUCAGCGCAAGUCUCACGGGAAGCCAUGUAACGACAAUGACGGAAAUAAGUCCGCGGCCUCUUUGUUUAACUCAAAAUCAAACUCGGAACCGCUGACUGGCUCUCCAGUGAUCUUCAAUCAUCACGGAUCCAUGAAGAACUCUUAUGAAAGUGGCGAUGCAUGUGCUAUGCAGUCUGCUCUUCUGACUGAGCCCUGCACGUUUUUUUUGCGCAAUUGGUUGGACUCUCGAGAACUCCCUAAAACGCGAUCCUUGCUGAACUCCUCGCGCAAAUUAUCGAACGCCUUUGGUUCAAACAAUUCGGAAAGCACAUAUGACGCAGAAUCAGGAAGCUUCACGGUUCUCACGGACUCGGUUGCUCCUCAACCAGGCAGUUUGAAUGAUUGGUUGUUCUGUGACCCAUUGGAUCUGCAAACGGGCUUCCCACUCCGCUCCAAAUACUGUUUAUCUGCGAAGCCUCCAUCACAAAAUGAUGACGUCAAAUUGUCGGAGGAUUUGUCUAUAUGGCUCGCUCCCAGUGUGCCUACUGUCUCGCCAAAAUUCACCUCUCCAAUUUCCGAUUCGCACCCUAAGGACACUACGCCAAGCAACAGCUCUAACCAUGCGGCUACGCAUUUGCCAUCUUACUUAACUCAAUCUGGGCCCAUUGAUUUGAUCAAGUGGUUGCGCCGAGAUAUGCCAUCUCCUAGGCCUCCAGUUACAAUCGAAAACCUAAAGGCUGAACCGCAGCCGAGUCCAACAGAAAUGGCAGAUGUGUCUAUCGAGGAGCUAAUCACAGACUCUGCGGUACCCGAAUGCUGCAUCUACUCCCAGUGUCGUGGUGGACCUGGCGGUCCGACAUGUUGCGGAGCUCGAAUGCAAUGUGACCAGGCAAAGCGAAAUCUCAGAGGGCUUUCAUCUGAUGUCGCUGCUGUCAACACCCCAACCGCAGCUGACCUACAACCUGCCACUGGUGUGUCCAAUGCUCCGGAUAUAUCUGAACCGAAGUCGUUAGUUGCUACUCACCCUGUUGUAGCUCAACUCAAACAAAUCGCCAAUUCCGACUUGUCUCAGUGGCUAAAACUCGAUGGUGAAUCGACUGCAAAAACUGUCAACCAAGGCUGCGUCCAACAUAAGGGCUGGAGUGCAGCCUUCUCUGGGGACACAACCGAUGCGAGCCCUAUGGAAACGUUCGGUGAUGUCGAUGAAUCCGUCUCUCCUGCAAAACGCCGUAACGUGUUUUCUAAAGUUGAUCCACGUGCUGCUUUCGAGUCGGUGCAAUCCCCAAAUUCUGCUGAUGGUUGCAAACUUGCAUGCCCCUCACACCACUCUGCUGAUGGAGCACCCGAGUCUCUUCUCAGCGAAUCGCAAAAGUCGUGCGACAAGACUGCCCACAACUACGCGACACAGAAUUCAGAUAUGCUUUGGCUAUCCCGGAAACUUUCCAAUCUGAGUACCAGAGGAGUUCAUUCUACUUCUCUUCAAGCACUAGAUGAAUGGCUCGUCCCCUCACCAGCACCUCUCUUGCGAUAG